CCCCACCGACCGUGAGUGUGUGUCAGGAAUCAGAUUAAACGCGUCCUCUUCAACAGUACGAGAUCACAACAACAACCUACAUUCACUUCUCAUUGUACCAAACAAACAAACUACACAUUCAUCUCUUUUUCAUCUUAUCAAAGUACCAUAGUUAUUAAUUUCUCAUAGGAAAAUGUCUAUUCCAGUUGAAGGUUUCUUCAAGCAGAAAAAAUACCCAUUCAUUCUAACUCUUUUUCUCUUACUCAUCUCCCUCACACUCUUCCUCAUCACCACCAACACCACCACUAACCCUCUUGUUUUCUACUCUAAUCUCAAACAUCAAAAACUACCUUCAAACUCAAACAUCAUUAACAUAACAAUUUCCAAGGAAGAAGAGGUUCUUCCUCGUGGUAAUGAUGUCAGUGUUAUUGAUUGGAAGCUUUGUAAGGAUUCUGUGACUGUUGAUUAUAUACCUUGUUUGGAUAAUUAUAAAGCGAUUAUGGCUUUGAAAUCAAGGAGGCAUAUGGAACAUAGAGAAAGACAUUGUCCUGUUGAUGGUUUUCAUUGUUUGUUGACUCUUCCUAAAGGGUAUAAAGUUCGUCUUCCUUGGCCUAAGAGCAGGGACAUGAUUUGGUAUGAUAAUACCCCUCAUCCAAAGCUCGUCGAAUACAAGAAAGACCAACACUGGGUUGUUAAAUCCGGCGAAUAUCUCGUAUUUCCCGGAGGUGGUACUCAAUUCAAAGAUGGAGUCGAUCAUUAUAUUCAGUUCAUAGAGAAGACAUUAACGUCGAUUCAAUGGGGAAAGCAUAUUCGAGUUGUUCUAGAUGUCGGCUGCGGUGUUGCUAGUUUUGGUGGCUAUCUGCUCGACAAAAAUGUUAUUACCAUGUCAUUUGCUCCAAAGGACGAACAUGAAGCUCAGAUACAGUUUGCUUUGGAGCGAGGAAUUCCCGCAACUCUUGCGGUCAUUGGAACACAAAAAUUGACUUUUCCUGACAAUGGUUUCGAUUUGAUCCAUUGUGCACGAUGUAGAGUUCAUUGGGAUGCAGAUGGUGGGAAACCGUUAUACGAACUUAAUAGGAUUCUUAGACCUGGUGGUUACUUUGCAUGGUCUGCAACACCGGUUUAUCGUGAUGAUGAUCGAGAUCAGAAAGUAUGGAAAGCCAUGGUGGCUAUAACAAAAGCUAUGUGCUGGAAGGUUGUGGCUAAGGCUCACGAUUCGUCAGGAAUUGGGCUUGUUAUAUACCAGAAGCCUACUUCAUCUUCUUGCUAUGAGAAACGUAAAGAGAACAAUCCACCUUUAUGUCAAAAUCAGGAUGGAAAAAAUAGCUCAUGGUAUGCUCCACUCAAUAGUUGCCUUACCCCUCUUCCAGUUGAUGAUAAGGGUAAACUGCAGAGCUGGCCGAAGCCUUGGCCUCAGAGGCUUACGAGUAAGCCCCCGAGCUUACCGGGUAAUUCAGAUGUCAUCGACGAGUUCAACAAGGACAGCGACCGUUGGUCUCAACUAGUGUCAGAUGUUUAUAGGGACGGUCUUUCGAUUAACUGGUCAAGUGUUCGAAAUGUUAUGGACAUGAAUGCCGGUUAUGCAGGAUUUGCGGCGGCUCUCAUUGAUCUACCAAUUUGGGUUAUGAAUGUAGUCCCUAUUGAUGUGCCAGAUACACUUUCUAUUAUAAUGGACCGAGGAUUAAUAGGAAUGUAUCAUGAUUGGUGCGAGUCCUUUAACACCUAUCCACGCACAUAUGACCUCCUUCAUUCUAGCUUUCUUUUCAAACAUCUUGAGCAAAGAUGUGAGCUUGUAGAUGUGGUUGUGGAGAUAGACCGUAUACUGAGACCAGGUGGAUAUCUUGUGAUUCAUGAUUCCAUGGAAAUGCUUAGCAAACUCAGUCCAAUCUUGCGUUCGCUUCAAUGGUCUGUAACAUUGCACCAAAAACAGUUUCUUGUUGGUAAGAAAAGUUUCUGGCGUCCCAUGAGCUUUUGAAGCAGAAUGCAGACAGGUUGAUGAUGAUGUAUUCUAAAUCAAAAUUACAAGCAAAAUAUUUGAUUUAUAGAAAGGAAUAUUUAUUGUCAAAAGAUAAAGAAAGCAAUGUUAAUUUAUUCAACAGGUAAUGUUGUCUGAGUGUGAAAUGUGUCUCUGAAACAUAUAUUUAUAGUGAAUAUAGAGAAUCUUGUUUCCUUUUCAAAUCACCCAAGAUUCAUGUAGUUUGUGUUAAAUGGAGUUGGAUUUCACUCUCAAAAGCUAGUUCCUUUAGCUAGUUCAAAGGAAGAAGGUUUCUAUAUACAUGUAUACAUCAAAAAGUCCAAAAACUCUGGCAAUGUUAAACUUGAAACUUCAAUACUUUGAUAGUUAUGAACAAAUUUGUUCCUUCA